AUGUCUAAGACGGCGCAGAAACGUUUAUUCAAGGAGAUGCAACAGCUGAUCAAAGACAGCCCAGCUGGCAUUGUAGCAGGACCGGUUUCAGAAGAUAAUCUAUUUGUGUGGGAUUGUUUGAUCAGUGGGCCCCCAGAUUCUCCCUACGAAGGCGGUAUUUUCAGCGCCCGACUUGAUUUUCCUAGAGACUACCCGUUAUCGCCACCAAAGCUCCUCUUGACGCCAAGCAUUUUGCACCCAAAUAUCUAUCCCAAUGGGGAGGUGUGUAUCUCUAUUUUGCACUCACCUGGGGACGAUCCAAACAUGUACGAGCUUGCCGAAGAACGGUGGUCACCUGUGCAGAGCGUCGAAAAGAUUCUGCUCAGUGUUAUGAGCAUGCUAAGUGAACCCAAUGUGGAGUCCGGUGCUAACAUCGAUGCGUGCAUUCUUUGGCGAGACAACCGUGCAGAAUUUGAUAGACUGGUAAAACGCUCAAUUCUGAAGUCUCUAGGCUUUUGA